AUGCCAAGAACUCAAUCUUCUAUUGUCCUCUCACAGCAGAAGAAGGUUCACUUAGACAAGGCAGAGGUUGUGGUCCUCAGGGACCAUCUGGAGGACUGGAGGUCGGUGAAAGGGAAAGAAAGAUCAAGGGUGCUCAUAGCCAUCUACAAGGAAGCAUCACUGCAAGCUCCUACCAAGGACCGAGCCAUAUUGAAAGCUCAAAAAAAACAAUGGUUGCAAAACCAAUCUCGAUGGAAAAAAGAUCCCAAGCCCCUCAUCAAGUAUGGCAGACGUUGGACGGCGAGGCAAGUCCUGAUCCAGACUCAUAAAGACCUCAUCCAAGAGGAGACCGGGGAGAUGGCUGGAAGUGAGGAGAUGAUCAGCAAGUGGCCAAAGGUGGUGAAGUCAGUGAUCGAUAGUUUGUUGGCGGAGGAGAGGGAACAGGUGGAAGCCACGGCGGAGAAAUGGAACAAUCAAGCGGCGCCGCCGGAAGUUCAAGCCAAGGUCGCCGAGAGCAAGGGCGCCGAGAUAAUCGAGCAUUUCGCCACCAAAAUGUUCAAGCAAGCCGAAAUGAGGGUUUGUGUGCUGUCUGCAUGGAACAACAGCAAAUGGAAGCUCAUGUUAGGAGGUCAUGACUUCAAUGAACAGUUUGGGAACGGUGAGAGCUUCAUUAAGACAAGGGAUUGGGACAGCAUUUUUAUGCCAGAAUGGGAGGAAUAUGCUGGGGAGCAAUUCAAUGUAGAAGAUGGGGAAGAGCCCCUGGUGGUGAAGUCGAAGAAGCAGCAACCCCGGAAGCUUAUUGAACUCGAGGAAGAUGCUGAUGGUUGGCCGAUGCUCCCAGACACAACGGGAUGGAAUCAUGCCGAGCAACAACACAUGAUUCGAUCUUUCCUCACGAAGCUAUACAGGAUGUGUGGUGGGGAAGACACCCUCAAGUCAGCGGUGCCGUGGGGAGAUGUAAGCCAGGACCCAUUGGCAUUCUUCAACGGCACACAAUGGCCCGCCAGUGUGCAGUUCAAGGAACCCUCCAAGAUGGACAUAUCAGAUGCAAGUACUUUGCUACAAUUCUUGUUCACCCAGCAAGAACAGAACAUUCAACCCACCUUUUCAUUCAUGGUGUGGCAAGAUUCUGAUGGCAACAUCUGUGAGGCAGUUGUGUCCCCAGCACCCCUGCACACCGGCAGCAAUGAAAACCAUGCUCAUUGGAGACAACAAAAGGGCAAGUAUAAAGAAAAUGCCGUACCAUCUCGCCGGGCCAUCAAGGAUAGCAGUUUGGAGGAUGAGUUGUAUAGCGAUAAUGAUGGCUCAUCAAGUGAAGAUGAUGGACCACUUUUCACUGCCUGCAGGAAAGAUGUCACGCCACUGCAGCAGGCGACUCUCCCAGUGAACAAGCCUCACAAGAUGAAGUCUAACCGUGCUCUGCAACACAAUACCAAGGAGCCUGCGAGGACUCAGAAGAAGGCCGUGAAGCAGCCAUCUACAUCCUUGGGUGCUAUGACAAGAAGCAAGGAGGUGACAUAUGCCGCUGAUGAAGAGCCCAGAGGGUCAAAGUGCCAUGCUCCUGAGGCCGUCAGUGAUACACCAGCGAAGAGAACCAGAAGCAAGACAUUUGCACCAGAGUCAUCUUUGGGUAAACGUGGCAAGAAGUAA